GACCACGAUUCGCUCCACGCUUGCUUUCCCUCUCCAAAUUAGGGUUUCCGUCUUCCGCAGACCAGGUGCAGGAGCUACAAACCAAACCCCAUAAUGGUGAAGGGUCGUCAAGGAGAGCGCGUGAGAUUGUAUGUUCGAGGAACCGUACUUGGUUACAAAAGGUCAAAGUCGAACCAGUACCCAAACACGUCGCUGAUACAGAUCGAGGGCGUGAACACCAAGGAGGAGGUUGCGUGGUACUGUGGGAAGCGCAUGGCCUACAUAUACAAGGCCAAUGUGAAGAAGAAUGGCACCCAUUAUCGCUGUAUUUGGGGCAAAGUAUCUAGACCUCACGGUAACAGUGGCGUCGUUCGUGCUAAGUUCAAGUCUAAUCUUCCACCCAAAUCCAUGGGAUCUAGGGUUAGGGUUUUCAUGUAUCCGAGCAACAUAUGAGGUUGUGGGUUUUUUAGAGCUGUCAAGAUUUGCGGAUUUACACAAAUCUUUUGAGUUUUGCGAUUGCUGUCUAUUAAGGGCUAAGUUUUAAGAUUUUGAACUUCAUUAUUUGUAAUAGCCAACAGUUUUGUCUUUGCUCCAUUUGGUUAUAAUGGAUUGUAGUUGUUCUGAGAAUGCCUACAAUCAGUUGUGAGGCACGGUGAAAAUACUUCCUGCAUGUUGCAUUGUUGAUGGC